AAAAGGACCCAUAGAAUAUCUCGAAACCACAACUACAAUGUUCCGAGACCUCUCAGAGUAUAUCAUCAAGGAUGGAGAGUACCCUGCUGCUCGUGGCGGGUUCGGAGAGAUCUGGAAAGGCACCUUCCAUAUCGAUCCUAACCCAAUCAGAGUCGCCGUGAAAACAUUGCAGGUGUACCUUGAUGAUCAACUUGGACCAGACAAGACAAAAAAGAUUCAGAGGAUCAUGCGUGAAUUCAGGAUAUGCGCCAAGCUCAAUCAUCCAAAUAUCCUACACAUUUAUGGUUAUACCCAUGGCUUCGGCCCAUUUCCAGCAAUAGUCAGUCUUUGGGCGGAGAACGGCAAUUUGACGGUCUAUUUGGAGCGUCAAGGUGCGAGUCUGACUCUCGUUCGACGAUUCCAAUUGCUAAGGGAUAUCAUAGCUGGUUUGCGAUAUCGUAUGUCAUAGACU